AUGUCUGAACCCACCAAGAUCAGCAUCUUGGGCCGGGAGAGCAUUGUCGCUGAUUUUGGUCUUUGGCGCAAUUUUGUCGCAAAGGACCUGAUCAGUGGCUUGUCCUCGACGACCUACGUUCUCAUCACCGAUACCAACCUCGGAUCUCUUUAUACCCCCACUUUCCAAAAGACUUUUGAGGCUGCCGCCGCUUCCAUCACCCCAGCCCCGCGGCUCCUUAUCCACCAUGCGGCCCCCGGAGAAAGCUCCAAGUCACGGCAGACGAAAGCCGACAUCGAAGAUUGGAUGCUGAGCCAGAACCCACCAUGUGGUAGAGACACAGUGAUCAUUGCGCUGGGUGGUGGUGUGAUUGGGGAUUUGACUGGAUUUGUUGCAGCAACCUACAUGCGAGGUGUGCGCUUCGUGCAGGUCCCAACCACGCUCCUUGCCAUGGUGGACUCCUCAAUCGGAGGAAAGACUGCUAUUGACACUCCGCUUGGUAAGAACCUCAUUGGUUCUAUCUGGCAGCCAUCGAGGAUUUACAUUGAUCUCGAGUUCCUCGAGACUCUCCCCGUCCGAGAGUUCAUCAAUGGUAUGGCCGAGGUCAUUAAGACUGCUGCCAUCUCAAGUGAAGAGGAGUUCACUGCCUUGGAAGAUAACGCAGAUUUAAUUUUGGCUGCUGCGCGCAGCGAGCCGAAGGCUGGGCAAGGUCGCUUUGACGGCAUCCGGGAUAUCCUGAAGGCUAGAAUCUUAGCAUCGGCACGUCACAAGGCCUUUGUUGUCUCCGCAGAUGAGCGUGAGGGCGGCCUUCGCAACCUGCUCAACUGGGGUCAUUCUAUUGGACAUGCCAUUGAGGCGAUCCUUACCCCUCAGAUCCUUCACGGAGAAUGUGUUGCAAUCGGCAUGGUGAAGGAGGCAGAGCUUGCGAGACAUUUGGGUACCCUGAAAGGUGUCGCCGUCGCUCGUGUGGUAAAGUGUAUCUCGGCGUACGGCUUGCCCACUUCCAUGAAAGAUCCACGGGUUCGUAAGUUGACUGCUGGUAAGCACUGCUCUGUAGACCAAUUGCUGUUCAACAUGGCUUUGGACAAGAAAAACGAUGGCCCGAAAAAGAAGGUUGUGCUCUUGUCAGCCAUUGGCCGCACUCACGAGCCAAAGGCUAGUGUUGUCUCUAAUGAGGAUAUCGGUGUCGUCCUUGCUCCCAGCAUUGAGGUUCACCCUGGAGUGCCUAAGUCGCUCAAUGUCACUUGCGCACCGCCCGGAUCGAAGAGUAUCUCCAACCGUGCCCUUGUGCUUGCUGCGCUCGGUUCUGGAACCUGCCGCAUCAAGAAUCUCUUGCACUCCGACGACACUGAGGUCAUGUUGAAUGCCCUAGAGCGGCUCGGUGCGGCAACUUUCUCUUGGGAGGAGGAAGGCGAGGUCCUUGUUGUAAACGGCAAAGGCGGAAAGAUUAUCGCAAGUCCUUCGCCUUUGUACUUGGGUAACGCCGGUACUGCCUCGCGAUUCCUCACCACCGUGGCUACACUCGCUACUCCCAGCAGUGUCGACUCGAGUGUCUUGACCGGCAACAACCGCAUGAAGCAAAGGCCCAUUGGUGAUCUUGUUGACGCUCUUACCGUUAAUGGUGCCGGUGUCGAGUACAUGGAAAGCAAGGGAUGUCUUCCUCUCAAGAUCGCCGCCUCUGGAGGCUUCGCAGGAGGAAAGAUCAACCUGGCCGCUAAAGUUUCCUCUCAGUACGUCUCCUCGCUGCUCAUGUGCGCUCCGUACGCCAAGGAGCCAGUGACGUUGAAGCUGGUCGGUGGUAAGCCUAUUUCACAGCCUUAUAUCGACAUGACCACUGCGAUGAUGAGAUCUUUCGGCAUCGACGUGAAGAAGUCUACCACCGAAGAGCACACCUACCACAUUCCUCAGGCUCACUACGUGAACCCUGCCGAAUAUGUUGUGGAGAGCGACGCAAGCUCUGCAACCUAUCCUUUGGCCAUUGCUGCCGUCACCGGUACCACCUGCACCGUCCCUAACAUUGGUUCCAAGUCUCUUCAGGGCGAUGCUCGUUUCGCAGUGGAUGUUCUAAGGCCUAUGGGCUGCUCCGUUGUACAGACUGAUACUUCAACCACUGUUACCGGACCUACUGAUGGCGUCUUGCAGCCGCUGCCUAAUGUGGAUAUGGAGCCCAUGACAGAUGCCUUCCUUACUGCCUCCGUUCUCGCGGCCGUUGCCCGGGGCAAGGGCUCGAACCACACAACUCGUAUCUACGGUAUUGCAAACCAGCGUGUUAAGGAAUGUAACCGUAUCAAGGCUAUGAAAGACGAAUUGGCUAAAUUCGGGGUGGUGUGCCGUGAGCAUGACGACGGGCUUGAGAUCGACGGCAUUGAGCGUUCUACCCUUCGCCAGCCCUCCGGUGGUGUUUUCUGUUACGAUGACCACCGGGUCGCGUUCAGUUUCAGUGUGCUGUCUCUUAUCGCUCCCCAGUCUACCCUUAUUCUGGAGAAAGAAUGUGUUGGCAAGACCUGGCCUGGCUGGUGGGACGCCUUGAAGCAAAUGUUCAGCGUGAACCUUAAUGGCAAAGAACUGAAGGAAUCUGAGCAUGCUGCCUCGAGCGAUGUGGAGCGGAGCAGCGCCUCUGUCUUCAUCAUCGGUAUGCGUGGCGCUGGAAAGACCACCACUGGCAACUGGGUUGCUAAGGCCCUUGGUCGUCGGUUCGUCGAUCUUGACACAGAGCUUGAGACUUCCGAGGGUAUGACUAUCCCCGAUAUAAUCAAGACACGUGGCUGGGAGGGAUUCAGAGACGCAGAACUUGCUGUCCUUCAGCGCGUCCUUAAGGAUCAUCCUACUGGCCAUGUCUUCGCCUGCGGCGGAGGUGUUGUCGAAAUGCCAGAGGCACGAAAGCUGCUUACCGACUACCACAAGAGCAAGGGCAACGUGCUCCUCAUCAUGCGCGACAUCAACCUAGUGAUGGACUUCCUCCAGAUUGAUAAGACCCGCCCUGCCUACGUGGAGGACAUGAUGGGCGUGUGGCUACGACGUAAGCCUUGGUUCCAAGAGUGCAGCAACAUCCAGUACUAUAGCCAGCACUCCAGCUCAACGAAGCUAGCCCUUGCCUCAGAGGACUUUACCCGCUUCAUGCGGGUAGUCACUGGCCAAGUAGACAGCCUUGGUCUCAUUAAAAAGAAGAAGCACAGCUUCUUCGUCUCAUUGACUCUACCUGAUCUCCAACCGUCGGGCGAUAUUAUCACUGAGGCUUGCGUCGGGUCUGAUGCUGUCGAACUACGGGUCGACCUGUUGAAGGACCCUACAGUUGACGGCGAUAUUCCCUCGGUUGACUACGUCAACGAACAAAUGUCUAUUCUUCGCCGUCGUACCACCCUGCCGCUCAUCUUCACCAUCCGCACCAAGAGCCAAGGUGGCCGCUUCCCCGAUGAUGCUCAUGAUGCGGCAAUGCAGCUGUACCGACUAGCGUUCCGUUCUGGGUGCGAAUUCGUGGAUCUUGAGAUAGCAUUCCCUGACGCAAUGCUCCGUGCCGUCACUGAGAUGAAGGGUUACUCUAAAAUCAUCGCCUCACACCAUGAUCCUAAGGGCACUCUGUCGUGGGCCAACAUGUCCUGGAUGCAAUUCUACAACCGUGCUCUGGAGUACGGCGAUGUGAUUAAGCUCGUCGGUGUUGCCAAUACCCUUGAUGAUAACAAUGCCCUUCGGAAGUUCAAGACAUGGGCUGAAGAAGCCCACGAUGUGCCGCUGAUUGCAAUCAACAUGGGCGACAGUGGUCAGCUCAGCCGUAUCCUGAACGGUUUCAUGACCCCAGUGUCUCACCCCAGCCUUCCUUUCAAGGCGGCACCUGGUCAGCUGUCCGCUGCAGAGAUUCGCCGUGGUCUCUCCCUGAUGGGUGAGAUCAAGGCCAAGAAGUUCGCUAUCUUCGGUUCCCCUGUCUCCGGCUCGCGGUCUCCCGCUCUUCACAACACCCUCUUCGGCAAAAUGGGUCUACCCCACGUGUACUCUCGCCUGGAGACUACCAACAUCGAAGAUGUCAAGGACUUCAUCCGCGCCCCGGACUUCGGUGGUGCCUCAGUGACAAUCCCCCUCAAGAUGGACAUUAUGCCCCUGCUCGACGAAGUCGCUCAGGAGGCUGAAAUCAUCGGCGCCGUCAACACUGUCGUGCCCGUCCCCAACGGCGACAAGCCCCCUCGUUUGAUUGGCUACAACACCGACUGGCAAGGCAUGAUCCGAUGCAUGCGCAACGCAGGCGUUUACGGUUCCACCGGCAACGAGAGUGCUGUUGUCAUCGGCGGCGGCGGUACUGCCCGUGCUGCCAUCUUCGCCCUCCACAACAUGGGCUUCUCGCCAAUCUACGUGGUGGGCCGCACCGCCAGCAAGCUCGAGAGCAUGGUCUCGACCUUCCCGACCAACUACAACAUCCGCGUUAUCGACAACGUGGCCCAGCUUGACACCGUUCCCCAGGUCGCUAUCGGCACGAUCCCCGCUGACCGUCCCAUCGACCCUGUCAUGCGCGAGACGCUCUGCCACAUGUUCGAGCGCGCUCAGGAGAUCGACGGUACUCUCAUCGGCAAGUCUUCUGAAGCUAGCAUGCACCGUGUUCUUCUUGAGAUGGCCUACAAGCCUACCGUCACCGCCUUGAUGCAGCUUGCAUCUGAUGCGGGUUGGACCACCAUUCCUGGACUGGAGGUCCUUGUUGGACAGGGUGUGCACCAGUUCGUUCACUGGACUGAUAUCACUCCUUUGUACCAUGAGGCAAGAGACGCCGUCAUGGGUACUGCUGAAUGAUCAUGAAUGCCUCAUGAAUAUCUCGGGCUUUUUUUUCUCCAUUUUCCAUAUUUGAUGCCAUACCAUGUGCCAUGUUCCAUGUUCUACCGGCGGCUGAGCGGGUUAUUAAAAGCAUUCAACAAAACUUGUCCUGAAUUGUAUCUUGUUUGUCGUGUUUAUAAGAUAGUUCUAUCUACAUAUAGUUCCAUUUCGGUCAAUUCUAUU